GAUUAUAUCCCUUGGACCAAUAGAAUCGUUUCCUACCCUUGUAUUGAGCCAGUACCACCAAUAGAGACCCUUAUCUAACUGCCAUGGGCAGGUACCAAGUCUCUAAUGGUACUGCUCGACAUAAAAGGGCCGGCUAAGGUCCAGGAAGACUAGUUUCGUUAGACAAGGUCAAGAGUGCGUCAAAGAGCAUCAAUUUUUUAGCCCUCGAGUUUAUUUUUGUUUAAAUUUUAGUGUUUUUUGUGGUGAAAAAAAACUAUUUUUCUUUGUAAAAAUGAAUCGUUUUGUUUAUGGUGAUGGUGUUGAAUCGAGAGUACCUUAUACUGGAUACAAUGACCAUUAUGUGAUGAACGAGUGCCAAGUGCGAUUAAAAAACGACGAUCUGUGGCACAAGUUCAACAAUUUGGAAAAUGAGAUGAUCAUCACUAAGACUGGAAGAAGGAUGUUUCCAUCUCUGCAAAUCGAAAUCAGCAAUCUGGAACCCCAAAGCACAUACUGCGUCAUGAUAGAGAUGGUUCCCGCCUCCCAUUGCAGACUAAAAUACUCAACUAACGAAGGUUGGGCCCCGGCAGGAAGCGAAGAAGCUCAAAGUCCGAAAAGACUAUACGUCCAUCCCGAAAGUCCGGCUAAAGGAGAGUACUGGAUGUCCCAGACCGUCAAUUUCGCCAGAAUGAAACUGACCAAUACAGCCGCUCCACCUCCAGGCCAAGUAGUUCUAACCUCCAUGCACAAGUACCAACCUAGAAUCAUAAUUGCCAAGACGUCAGAUCCAAGUACCUUUGCCUGGGUCCCUAACAAAUGCAUUGUGUUCCCUGAAACCCUAUUUGUAGCAGUUACAGCAUAUCAAAACGAGAAAAUCACCCAACUGAAGAUUGAUAAUAAUCCUUUUGCUAAAGGAUUUAGAGUGACUGGUCAAUCUAAGUGUAAAAGGAAGAAAGAAGAUUGUUCUGAUAGUGAUAGUGAUGAAUUGCCAUGUAAAACACUCAAAAUCGACGUAGAAUCGGUUUCUUCAAGCUCUCCAGUUUGUACUUCCAGUACUACUGAUAGUCCUCCAUCUCCUACAGAAUCAGAAGAAUUGAAAUCACCAAAAAUACCAUCAACUUCACCAAAAGAACCUACGUAUUGUUAUCCAUACGCUUGGGACGGGUACUAUUCGCCUCCGUCAAGUUUGUACCAUCCCAUGACGUACUACCCAGGUUUCUAUCCAAACUAUUACGGUGGUUUCUUCUGGAGAGAUACCCUGUAUACGAGACAGAGCGACAGUAUUAGGGAAAAGGAGUCUGUUAAAGAAAACACAGCAAAGAAGUAUUCGGACUUUUCUAUACGAAGUAUACUGGGUUGUUGAUAUGAGCUGUAAAGUGUUUUGUGUAUUAUGUUACCACAAUGUUUUUGUAUAUAGUGUGAACCAGUGUUUGGAGAAAAAAAAAUAGGAAAAUAAAUCCUUUUAAAAAUCUGGUAUGGAUUUUUUCGAAGCAGUGGUUCACCCUAUAUAUUAGGCAUUGUAUUGUUAUAAUUUAUUUAUUUUAGUUAAUAUUAAGUGUAAAUAAAAUUAGACAGUUUAUAAAAAUUUGCUGGACAAAUUACUGUUAUGUUUCCAUACAGUAUGUCCCGGAUUUUUUUUACAAGAGAAAAAACUUUUUUAUUAUUAAUAUUUUCAGUAAAAUAUAAAAAUUUUCAUAAAAAAAUUUUGCUUGUUCUAAAAUGGUUAAUCCCGUUUAAACUUUUCCAAAUUUCCAUACCGUUUAAGAGAAAAUUAAAAAAAAAACAUGAAAUUUUUUCCUUUUAUAAAGACAAUCCGGGGACAUACUGUAUAUACGAUAUGGUCAAAAAGUUUCACGAUCAAUUACAUUACAAUAAUUUUUUCAAGUGUCAAAAUCAAAGUCUACUUGAUUAUAAAACUUUUUGAUCGUGUAUAAAUGUUUAAAAAGAAUUAUAUUUUAUAUAUUGUAUAAUAUGUAUAGUGAGAUUUUAUAUGAAAUAAAAAG